CGAGGAAUCGGAUAAAUGGGACGGGGAGGGUGAGAAGAAGGGGGAGGAUGGUCCAUGGUGGACUGAAGUGGAUAAAGAAAAGGAGUGGAAGCCUGGUAACGGCUAUUUUCUUCCCAUUCUCCAUGGCGGCGGCUCCGGUGGCGUUCGCCUGUUAUCAUGUCUCUCUGUCGUCCGACGCCUCCGCCCUUUCUCUUCUCGGGAAGAAGCGGGCAGCUCCUCAUAUCCCCUCCCUUCUUCUGUGGCGGCCGACGGACCGGAAGAGGGCCGCUUGCGUUCGAAUCUCCGCCACCGCCUCGUCCAAGUACCCCUUGUCCAAGAACCGCUCGCCCCCUCGGGAGUCUUCAGAUUCUUGUCUUAUUCCAAUGUCAUCAGUCUUCUCAUGGUUAUAUCAUGGACUGAAGGGACAUAAGUGUGCAAUUGUUGCAAUGCUUAUAUUUGCUCAAAUAUCAUUUCCACUAUCUAUGAGCAAUUGGAGCCCAUGGUUUGCUUCUACUGCAAAUGCAGUGCUUUAUUCACCUGACACAAAGGUUCCAAGAACUGGAGAACUUGCAUUGAGGAGGGCUAUUCCUGCCAAUGCAAUCAUGAAAGCAAUACAGGAGUCUCUGGAGGACAUCUCAUACUUGUUAAGGAUACCUCAGAGAAAGCCUUAUGGUACAAUGGAAGGCGAUGUUAAGAAAGCAAUAAAGAUUGCGACUGAGGAGAAAGAAUCAAUCUUGGGCAGUAUACCAAAAGAAUUUAAGGAAAAGGGUUCUGUGCUGUAUGCUUCUCUUCUAGAUGGAAAGGGGGGAUUGCAGAAUCUCAUUGAGUUUAUAAAGGAACAGGACCCGGAUAAGGUAUCUGUAGGUCUGUCUUCAUCUCUUGAUACUGUUGCGGAACUGGAGUUGUUGCAGGCUCCAGGCUUGUCAUUUCUGUUGCCUGAGCAGUACUUGAAAUAUCCAAGGUUAACAGGGAGGGGAACUGUUGAAUUCACCAUUGAGAGAGGUGAUGGUUCCACAUUCUUUCCGACAGCUGGUGGUGAACCAAAAAGCCUGGCUACGGUUCAGGUGGUCCUUGAUGGAUAUUCUUCUCCGCUGACGGCAGGAAAUUUUGCAAAAUUGGUGCUUGAUGGUGCAUAUGAUGGGGUGAGGCUGAAAUGUGCCAACCAAGCAAUUCUUUCAGAUAAUGAACUUGAGAGAUAUGGAUACAGCGUGCCCAUAGAAGUGAUGCCUUCUGGACAGUUUGAACCACUAUACAAGACAACUCUCAGUGUUCAGGAUGGGGAGCUCCCUGUGCUUCCGUUAUCAGUAUAUGGAGCAGUUGCAAUGGCGCAUAGUGUGGACUCUGAUGAUUACUCGUCACCUUCUCAGUUUUUCUUCUAUCUCUAUGAUAAGAGAAGUGCUGGCUUAGGCGGGUUGUCUUUUGACGAAGGUCAAUUUUCUGUUUUUGGGUAUACAACUGCUGGAAGAGAAGUACUUUCCCAGAUUAAAACGGGAGACUUUAUUCGAUCAGCAAAAUUAGUACAUGGUCAAGAUCGCCUCAUAUUGCCAGAUGCGAAUUGAUCUGCUCUGCUGCUGCUGAUCAUGUUCCUUUUGUUCGUUUGGGCAUUGCUCCAGAGAAGGCAUGGAUCUGUUUUUUGGUAGCUGCAGGUCAUGCCAUUGAUGAAUUGCUUAUGGAUUUAUUGUACAUCAAAAUUAUGGGCAUUAUGUGCUUAACACAAGCACUUGGGGUUGCUUAUAGCAUACUUUCAUGACCUCCAUUUUUUUGUUAUACAUGUCAGUUCUGGUGAAAAGCUCAUUUAUUGUGUAUCAUCAGGUCUAAUUUAUUUUUUCGGUUUUUGAAGUACUACACUUUAUUUAGAUAGUUUUUGGAUACCUGUAACGGGAUGUAAGUGAAUCUUGGUUGCAGGAGGAUGUCCUUUUCUGAAUUGUUAUAAAUUGACUGAACUCCUGUAAGUCAAGCUGCA